UGCGGUUCAGACUGGCUAUCCAAAAGUAACAGCUCAAAAGGUUCUCUCUCCUGCAGCGCAAAGAAGUGUUAAAUCUAAAGGCAAGAUGGAGGGAAAAGAUGCAUCUAGGCACCCGCUGGUAAUCCCGCAUGACUACAUGCUGUCCCUUUAUUGGUCGCUUUCUACUGGGGAAGUCAACACCAGCGUCCUGCACGAAGCUGGAAUGGCAAAUACCAUCACUAGUUUUGUAGACAAAGGACAAGAUGAACACUUGCCCCUGUUAAGGCGGCAGAGGUACUACUUUAACAUCAGCUCUCUGGAGAAGGAGGGAUUGCUGGGGGCGGAAUUACGCCUUCUCCGGAAGCCAUUCCUGGACACUCUUAAAGUGUCUCAAACUGAGGGCCUGACCUCUCUGAGACUGUAUACCUGUGCGACAGGUAAGCAGAGGGCCGUACUGCUUCAGUCCCAGCCAAUCGAGGACAACAAUCUCCCAAAAUGGAAAGUGUUUGACAUCUGGAAACUCUUCAAGAACUUCAGGAACACAGUCCAACUUUGCUUCGAGCUGGAGGCUGUGGCUCGGGGCAGACAACUGGACCUGAGAUCAGUUGGCUUGGGUCGCUCAGGCAGACAGACCAAGGAGAAGGCCUUCUUUGUGGUGUAUGGCCACACAAAAAAGCGUGGGCUUUUCUACAAUGAGAUCAAGGCUCGCUCGGGCCAUGACAACAAAACAGUGUAUGAGUAUCUCUUCACCCAGCGCAGGAUGCGCCGAGCGCCUGUGGCUCGUGCCAAGAAACCGCCCAAGAACCCAAAGGCCCGGUGCAACCGCAAGCAGCUGCAUGUCAACUUCAAGGAGAUGGGCUGGGAUGACUGGAUCAUUGCACCUCUGGAAUACGAGGCCUUCCAUUGCGACGGAGUCUGUGAUUUUCCCAUUCGCUCCCACCUGGAGCCCACCAAUCAUGCCAUCAUUCAGACUCUCAUGAACUCCAUGGAUCCUCGGUCCACUCCACCCACCUGUUGUGUCCCAACUAGACUUAGCCCGAUCAGUAUCCUGUACAUUGACUCUGCCAAUAAUGUGGUGUACAAGCAAUAUGAGGACAUGGUAGUAGAGAGUUGUGGCUGCAGGUAGCAAGAGAGGGUAAUCAGUUAAUGAAGGGGCAUGUAGACCUCUGGGAGCAAGGAACACUAGGAGUCAACACUGAAAGACAGUGAGAAACUCCUGGUAUGUUGUGGGAGACUCUUUGACUUCCUCUGUGCUAAAAGCAUCCUUUCUUAUUUUAUAUUCUAUUCUCCCUAUGGAGAUCAUGUAACUAGACUUAUUGUGUCAUGCUCAUUAUUUAGGUAAUUGGACCAGUUGAAUGAAGGAUUGUUUCCUGGCUGUUUCUUUAUGUUUUACAGUGAUGUAAAAUAAGUGAAUAAUAUACUUCAUGCAGUUUACUUUUUAUUGAUCUAAGUGAGAUACAAAAGCGGCAAGGCAAGACAACAGGGGACUCUGAUCAUUAAGUUCUAAAUGCUUUUUCAUUCCCUUUUAAUGAUUAUUGACAACUAUAUUAACAUUUAAUUAUUUUGGUCCUAACAACCUAUGGGCAAAUUUUUCCGGAAGUUCAUCCCUCAAAAUUCAGAGAUAUCUCAGUCUCAGUCCCUGAAACCUGAAGUCCAGAUCAGAUGACAAAUCUCUUGGAGUUAGGCCAAAAGGCUCGUAUACAUCAUAUACAAGCAAAGGGUCCUCAGUAAUGUUUGUUUUUCGUUUUGUUUUGUUUUUUGUUUGUUUUUUUGGGGGGCGGGUGACCAUACUUUAUCCAUUUAACAUUAAAACCAGUUCUACCAUGAUGCAAGAUGCUAUAUUAACAGAUGUAUAUAUGCUUAUUUUAAAAAUCUUAGUUAAAAUUUAAAGAUUUCAAAGUGCUAUGUAAAAAGCCCUAUAAGCUUUUUUUGUUUUAACUGUGGGUAUCAAUUGAUUCAGGGUUAAGAAAAUACAUAU